GCCCAGAUCGUAAUCGUGAUUAAAAUUCGAUUAAUUGAGCAGCCCUAAUACUGGACGAGUCAGAUCCAGAUUAUUGAUUGCGUUAAUGAGCGGCUAGUCAUGAAAACAACGCUGCUGAGCGGAGGGUUAUAGACUGAAUUUAGACUGUUGAGUUUCAUUGUGACCGCUGCAAGUUUGUGCUCAAGUUGAAAUUUUGCGUAAGAAGUUACUGCCGCUAUAAAAACCGUCUGAGGGAUACACGUUGACAUCUUCAAUGCAGAGUCACACAAGGUAAGAAACUCUUUAAAAGGAGCUCCUGUUUUUGCUCUGAAUGCAGGCUGUCGCUCUUCUCCCCGCCAUCUUGACUCUCCAUCAUUUUUCUUUCUUUGUUCUUGUUUAGCAGACUUCCGUGACUCUGUCGCCUUCGAAGGAGUCCCUGCACACGCCGCCCGACGCCACUGCAGCUCCAGCCCCGCCCCCCGAGCCCUUUGAAUACUAUGACGCUGGAAACCACUGGUGCAAAAACUGUAACGCUACGUGUGGUUCCAUGUUUGAUUUUUUCACACACUUGCACAGCAAAACGCACCUAAAGACUCUGGACCCGUAUGACCGACCCUGGGCUUCCACUCCGAGCAAAAUCAAAAAGAACCAGCUGCCAGACGAGAAGCUGACUAAACCUGCUAAAGGUUCGGAGUUCCUGGUACCCGUCAGAGGAUUCUUCUGCCUGCUGUGCAGAGAGUUUUAUGGCGACGGCAUCUGUGCAGAAGAGCAUGUCACCACGCACGCUCACAACGAGAAGUAUAAGAAACAAAUGUAUGAGAACCCACUGUACGAGCAGAGGCGGAACCUGGACCGCCAGGCGGGACUGGCCUUAGAGGCAAGUGGAAAGAAACGCAAACAUGAUGACGAUGAGAAAGGCAGCAAAGAGGAAAAGUCCAAACACAAAAAAGAGAAAAAGGAAAAGGAGAAAAAGAAAGAAGAGAAUGCUUCAAAGGAGGACAAGUCCAAAAUUAAAAAGGAGGAAGACGAGGAUAAGCUGAAGCCAAGCAAAAAGGAAGAUUUUAAGAAUGCCAAGAGCCCUGAAAAGGAGUGGCCUUAUUACAGCAAGAAAAAUAAUGAUGAAAAGUACAACUACAGCAAGAAGGAUGACAAGUACCAUUACAGCCGAGAGGAAGACGAGAGGGACAGCCGGCACAGAUACAGCAGGGAUGAGGAAUAUCGGUACCAUUACCGCACCGAUGCUAAUGACCGUCCCAAAUAUGGUUCAAAAGAUGAUGGGGACAAAUUUAAAGGUGGCAAAUAUUCAGAUGCCAGAUCCAAAUAUGAGAAGGAGCGAGAUGAAUGCAAACCUAAACCUGAGAGGGAAGGUUUUAAAACGUUUGAGCCAGAGAAGCCGGCAGUCAGCAACCCCGAACCACUACCAAAACCCUACGAACCGCCCAAAAUUCUUUGUGGCCCCAGUCCGGCCAUGAGGGCCAAGCUCCGCAAGCAGAGCCUGGAGGCCGGCAAACCAACUACAGCAGCAACAACCACAUUCGGAAAGUUCAUUUGGAAGAAGAAGGAGAACGUGCUUGCAAAGGAGGCAGAGAAAGUUGCUGCAGAAUUCAUCAAAGAGGAUGAAGCUGCUGCCAAGUCCCCUUCGGUGGAAGACUCUUUUGCAAAGUCAGUAGCUGUUGCCAAAGAGAUCGCAGAGAAGCUGGGAAACAAACCAAGCGUAUCUGCUCCCUGGAUGUCCAACCGGGGACGGAUCCGACCCAACCUCCCUACACCUGCUCUAGGUCUGAGGAAGCCAACCAUGAUGGGCAGACCUGCAUCUCUGAAUACCUUUCUGUCCAUUAAACCCCAAAACCCUACUUUAGUAGAGUCUCUUCCAACAGAGGGCGCAGUACUCCCGCCUCCUCCCGUGAGUUCCGGAAAUGGUCUGCUUCAGACUAAAAUGGUCCCAUACGUUGAUAAACUUGGGCCAUUUGAGGCAGUCCUUCCCUUGUUUCAGGUUAGACCUCCACCCGUGGUGCCUGUACCAGCUGAAGUUAAAUCUACUCUGCCAGUUUUUGAACCUGCCCGAGUCCAGCCAAAUCCUGCCCCUGCUGGUGUUACAACUCCUACACCUUCUAAAUUUAAUACUACUCCACCAGUUUUUGAACCUGCCCGAGUCCAGCCAAAUCCUGCCCCUGCAGGUCUCACAACUCCUACACCUUCUAAAUUUAACCCUGCUCCACCAGUUUUUGAACCUGCCCGAGUCCAGCCAAAUCCUGCCCCUGCAGGUCUCACAACUCCUACACCUUCUAAAUUUAAUACUACUCCACCAGUUUUUGAACCUGCUCGAGUCCAGCCAAAUCCUGCCCCUGCAGGUGUCACAACUCCUACACCUUCUAAAGUUAACCCUGCUCCACCAGUUUCUAAACCUGUCCCAGUCGAUUUAAAGUCGGUCCCAGUACAGGCAAAACCUUUAACUUCUUUAGCUACCACAGCUACUCCAGCACAACCAGCCAUGAUAAAGAUUGUGUCUGACGUGGCAGCUCCUGGUGUCCCAGAGGGUGAGCAGACUCGUACGGUGUUUGUCAAACCUCCACCUUUCAUGAAUAAGUGUGAUGGAGCUCAGAAAUCGGACAAAUUUAGGAGCAACCUGGCUGCAGCCAGAGCCCAAGAUUUAUUUGGCAUCUUCUACAGCAGCAUCAGCCAAACGGGCCCCUCCUCCUUCAGCAAACCAGCAUCAGAUACUAGAGCUGAAGGCAGUAGUGGCAGUAAAAGUCCAUUUCCAGUUCCAAAAGCCCUAACACCCCAACCACAGUCCAAACCACACCCAGAAUUACAGCCCCGACCUGAGUCUCAGCCACAGUCCCAACCACAGCCCAAACUGCACCCUGAACCUGGGUCCCAGCCACAGUCCCAACCACAGCCCAAACUGCACCCUGAACCUGGGUCCCAGCCACAGUCCAAACCACAGACACAGCAACACCUUGGACUCCAGCCUGAACCACAGCCCAAGGCACAAGGUCUUACUCAGUUCCCGCUUCCAAAUGAACUCCAAAGAUCUCCACAACGAAAUCCAAAUGAGCAGCCACAAAACCCACUGACCCCAACAAACUCAGGCAUUCAAAUUAUGUCUGUCUGGUCCCUGCAGUCUGCCAAAGACUCCGCAUCUGAGUUGGCUCUACCUAAUGAAAGAAACACGCAAAUGGCUCAACCAAGAGUGUCUCCCCCGCUUCAGUGUGAGGUUCAGAGUGCACCUGAAGACCAGUCCGUGACAGCCAAAUUGGAUCCCCAAAUCUUCCCAGAGAGUCAGUCUUCCAGACUGGAGUCCCAGCUCAAACCAUGUCCUGAAAGUCAAAUAGAGCCCCAACAGUCAGAAUUAAGCAAGGUCAACAAAUUCCAUCCAGAGACUCAUUCUGACACAGAACCUGAACCCAAACCAAAAACGGGUCCUAAAACCAGGGGUAAGAAAACCCCGCCUGCUCCUCGGCCAACCCGGCAAACCCGAUCCCAAACAAGAUACCAAACCCGACAGCAGCUGAACCAGAACCAGCCUGAACCAGAACCCGAGUCAGCUUCAGGUGACACUGAUGCUGCAACUACAGACCCAAAGAACUUGGACAUGGUAGAUCCUGGCUCUGUGUCGCAGCCAGAGGCUGAGGCGUCCAGUGAGGCGAACCCUCAGAUUAUGAAGAUAACUGCAGAAACACUGGGCCUGCCCUCUGACAUGACCUCACUGGACUUUGAAUAUGAUUUUAACUUUGAGUAGGAGGUGACUGGGCUUUGUGACAUGGGGGCGGGGUUUAUUCUAACCGCUCGGCUAUCCAGAAAGGCUGAAGCCACAAUGUGUCACAUAGUUGAGGGCAUGUGAAAGUGACGAGAUAGACACUCUUGCUGAGGGACUUCACCUGUCUAAAGGACCAGAUUUAUUUAGUGUUUAAUUGAAUUCCUUUCUUCACUGUUUUCUCCAGAAUUUGUUUUUAGGUCUGAUUGAUCUCAUAGAAACGUGUCCAGGACAUUUGUCCUCACCCAGCAGUCUCCUAGUUUUGCAGCUUUUGCUUACACUUCAUAGGUUUCCAAUAGACUAAAAGAAAAAUUUAAAUACUCAAAUAAACCUGUAAACUGCUUGAUUUAUGCCAUUUUCUGUUUAAAUAACACAAUAAACCUCCUCUCUUUGAUCAUAUUUGGCAGCUGGGACCGCUGGUGUGUUGCGUUUUGGAGUUGCAUUAAAUGAAUAAUGAUUCCACCUAACAGGACUAGUGAGCUCAUGUAGAUGGCUGCCAUCCGAUCUACUCAACGAGAAACCUUAUAAAAUCAGAGCGCUCACCCGGUCUGGUUGUGAUUUGUUAGUUUUUAGUUACCGUGUACCUGUUGCUACCUGGCUCUAAAUAAUAAAAACACAAUUGCAGACUUUCAGCCUGACCCAGUCUUUGAAAUACAUAAACCAGGCUCAGUCAAGCACAGUCUUUUAUUGUAAUGACACAACUUGUCCUUUGAGGCAGCAGAGUGUCUGUCUGAGGUGCUCUCUGUUGAAAGUGGAGAUGCAGCUGACAAUGAUGAAUAUUUGGAUGAGUCUGCUAAGACUCCUGUGAAUUUCCGUACUCUGAGGUGAACCUGGAACACUUUGUAAUCCUUGAACCCUUUCACAGUUCAUCUGGACCGACUGUUUGGUUUCACCUCAUUUCUGCUUCUUGUCACAGGAAAUGUUGGCCUAGAACCUUUCGGGAAAUAAAAGAUUCCUGAAGUCAAAAAAAGCCCAACAAAGUUCAGACAGUUCAUCCCAGGGACAUUUCUUAAAUUUUCAAGCCAUCAGUGUAUUUAUUUUAUUUUUUUUAUAGGUGACCUUUCUGUUGUUGAUCUCAGACUUGCUGGAUGUCUUCCCCUGUGUAACGGGUCUGAACUGAAUCAUCUGUCUCAGAAUAGAUAAAUCUGUGGCUGGGAAAUGCUAGAAAAGAACCUGUGACCUGGACCUCAAAUUUCCUGAACCUACAGAGAAUAUGGCAUCUCAGAACACGAGGUGAGGCUUAAUUUAGCAACCAGAUCGUUAAAAGUUUCUUAGUGUCUGGGAAAUAUGUCAAUGUGAAGGUGAAGAUCUGAGUCAUGGUCCUUUCACUGGUUCUCAAUGUUUGAUCCAGCUAACCCAGAUUAACUCACUGUAAUGUACUAAAUUUGUGGUUAACCUGUUUAAGAACUUGCAGAUGAGAGGCUGUAAUCCCAUUUAGGGUCUCAAACAAAUGGUUGUAAAGCAGAGCGUAAAUUACUAAAAGGAAAUGUUCCCUCAUCACCUGUUGAACGGCCUCUUACAGAUGAAACUGAUGGUUGGAAGACUGCUCCUUCAAAGAGCACAGUGUAGUUUUGGGCGGUUCACGGUUAAGGCCUCGUUUCAUCCUGUUUCGACCUCGGAAAGCUUGUUCUGAUGCUCCUGAAUGAAACAGUUACUGGAACUGCAUCGGAUGUUCUUCGUUCAUUGUGUCUGAAACUGCUCGUUCUGUAAUGUGUUAAAGUUUUAAUAAAAGGAGAAACUCCA